ACAUAUGAUAAUUAACGCUCUAUGCACUCAAUCAAGAUCAAAUGAAACUUUGGAGAAUAUAUAUUUUUGUGAUCAUACAUCCGUUUAUUCACACCACAGAAGUAUGUCGUGGAGACGCUGUGCGGUUUGGUAUCCCUUUUUCUUGCUGCUUAUACUAAGGAUUAACGUUUUCGGAGUGCGCUUUUCUGUCAGAGAAGUUACAGACAAGGUUUGCACCCCAGUGAUGCCAGAACUGGCUCUGGAAGGUCCAUGCAAUAGGAAACAAUGCAACAGUAACAGCGAUUGCAGACGGGGCAAGAUCUGCUGUCUGACCAAGACUCAAAGAUGUCGGCGCUGUAUGAAUCCCGACAUCAACGGCAUGGUAUCACGGGAAGCAGGAGUCCAAUUCCAAAUCAGAAGCUGAACUUGUAGACGUUUGUAAAGAUACAUAUCUACAGAUAAAUUAAAAAGGGAAUCGAAGAGUUUAAUAAACAGACGGUUUCAUUGUUUUCAACAUCAAAAGCCAUUUUCUUACACUGUAUUAAUUGACAGAAUACAAUAAAAGCUGUACUUUUC